AAUCCCUAAACACUCCCCUCAAAAUUCAGUCCCGCCUGGACGUCUUUCCUGUCCUGUCUGUCUGCCCUCCCUAAAUCUUUUCUUCGAACCCUAAAACCCUCUUCUCUCCGCCUGCCGGCAUCCCCCUCCAAGAUCAUGUCCCACAACAACCCUUCUCAGCUCCUCCCUUCAGAGUUGAUCGAUCGGUGCAUCGGGUCGAAGAUAUGGGUGAUAAUGAAGGGCGACAAGGAGCUCGUCGGAACCCUAAGGGGCUUCGACGUCUACGUCAACAUGGUCCUCGAGGACGUCACCGAAUACGAAAUCACAGCGGAGGGUCGCCGAAUAACGAAGCUUGAUCAGAUACUGUUAAACGGGAACAACAUUGCCAUUCUAGUUCCUGGUGGUUCUCCUGACCCAGAAUAGUGUAGCACUUUGUCCAGCAUUUCUUUUAAACCGAGGGAAAAUAUAUAAUGCACUAGUUCAUUUGUUUCUGACACUGGAUUCCUAAAUUAUUGUGAAUCCGGAAUGUAACAGCCAGUUUGUCCGUCUAUUUCACUCUGCUUCGCAAAACCCGUGUUUUCAGGGUCUUCUCUGGUGCAUUUUAGAUUAUUAAGAUCAAAUAUUUAUAACAGGUUAUCUGACUUCUAAGCUGAUUUAGUUAAUUUA